AUUGUACAACUAUAAGAUGGUAAGAGUCUCCAAAUAAUGGCGUCUGGUUCAAUUCUACAGAACAGAAUGGAAACCAAUAAGGAAUCAACCAACCUCAGAGAGCUGGCUUAUGUCAGACGAAGACCUGUAGAGGGACAUGGAACUAGAUCUAUACCUAGUAAAAUUGUUACUAGUAAAGCUCACUACCGCCAGAACUCUGCUUCAGCUAGUACACAAGACAACAAGAGUUUGGAUUUUAUUUACUACGACGAUGAGUCUGAGGAUGAAGAUGCUGUUGCAGCAACGGAGAACUCCUACGAUAUAUCCUGCAACUUCGUCGACUGUAUGAUGAAUAGGCAGCGAGGGGACCACAGGAAAUUUCAAACGAUGAAGCUGUCUAGUGAAUACGGUACUAGGCAUAUGCUUAGUAACUCUAUGCUUAAAGAACAUGAAAUUAAGAUUGGGAACAUGAACAAGGUGUUCUGUUCACAAUGGUUGAGCCAUAAACAGGUUAUCUUCGGAACAAAGUGUAAUAAGUUGGUUGUGAUGGAUGUGAGCACGAAGAAGAUUGAUCAUAUCCCCUCCCUGCAGUCCAGUGAGACCAGUGUUCCACCAGACCUGGAGAGAGGGAUUAAUAGUAUAGAGAUCAAUCCUAGCAGAACCUUACUUUCUACAGGAGCUAGUAAUAGUAACGAUGUUGCUGUUUAUAGACUACCCACCUUGGACCCUAUCUGUGUUGGACAAUUUGGACACAAGGAUUGGAUAUUUGACCAGACCUGGAUAGAUGAUCAGUUUCUAGUAUCAGGAUCUAGAGAUGGAUCAAUAUCUCUCUGGCGGGUCACGGAUCAGAUUAUUGAAGAGGUAACUGAAGCUGAUAUCCCCGUCCACCAGUACAUGUCCCCCCUCCUCACUAAGAAGUGCAAGCAGGCGGACAAGGUUCGGGCGCUCUGCUACAACGGAUGCGCGCAGGAAAUUGCUGUGAUAUCGCUCAACAGCUUUAUUCAUUGUUGGAAUGCUGUAACAAUGAAACAGAUAAUGUCCAAGAAGCUCCCCCACACAUUGGAGAACUGUUGUCUUACUACUGAUGAAGAAUAUCAACUUUAUGCAGUUGGAAGCAAAUCUCAUGCAGACCUUUUAGAUUCCAGAACUUUACAGUCUGUCCGUAAGAUCUCUAGUCGGAGUUCCGGAUGCGGAAUCAGAUCAGUUUCCUUCAAGGGGAAUAUACUGACUCUGGGAACAGGAACCGGAUUGCUCCUGUUCUGGGAUCUCAGAGCAUGCAAGUUUUUAGAAUCGACCAUGAACAGCAAUCGGGCAGUUCAGCUUAAAGCAGGCAGGGGCUGGGUGGAACGUAACGAUUCCUUCAUGGACGCAUAUCAGCCCAACAAGUAUACUCCAGCUAUCUAUACACAUUGUUACGAUGUAAGUGGUACUAGACUCUUUGCUGCAGGAGGACCUCUACAGAACCAACAGAUGGGAAACUACGUCGGGCUUUAUCAGUGAGAGAAAGAACAAGGGAAUUAGGAAACUUUGUGGAGUUAUUCAUUUGUUUUUUGCAUUCAUUACACGCGAUUUGUGCAUUCAUUACACUGUUUUGUGCAUUCAUUACACGUGUUUUGUGCAUUCAUUACACGUGUUUUGUGCAUUCAUUACACAUGUUUUGUGCAUUCAUAACACGUGUUUUGUGCAUUCAUUACACGCGUUUGUGCAUUCAUUACACUUGUUUUUGCAUUACCUACUCGUCUUCUGUUCUUUAAUUACAUGUUUUUGUGCAUUAAUUGUAAAAUGCCCAUGUUUGAUUUCGUGAUCAAAUUUGCGCUCUGACGACAAAGUUGGCUGAUAAAUUAUAAGUGGUUCUACUGUAUAUCUGACUGAAUCAAUCACAUGAAACCAGAUUAAAAUGGUUAAACCGAUUAAACAAAAACUAGACCAACAAAUUUUAGAAUUAGAAACAAAUUAAAGAACAUUAAAUGCCGUCACAUUACAAACACAAGAAGAAAAUCUUGAAAACUAAAUAUUCUAUUAAGAUUAAAUCGUUGCAAUAAAUAAAAAUCUAUUUUAUUUUGAAUUUGUAUAGAGAAGCAAUGUAAAAUUGUACACAAUGAUUUCUUGAUUCCAUUUUGUUUAGUUACAUUUGUGUAUUUAACCUAUUUUAUGAAUGUGCAAAAGAACUAAACUCUUGAAAAUUCUCUAAUUGACACCUGAUCUGGGUUUUACUGUAGAUCUUAAAGUGUUAAAAUAUAAAUGAAACAUUCUUUCUGACUCAUGAUUACUGCGACCCCCCUUCUUUAUUUUGCAUGCUAAAUCCCUAUUACAUUUAGAACAUCUUCCCCUCCCUCCCCCUCUUAUUUCUAGCUAAAAUUCUCUACAUCUGACUUUUUCAUUUCUGUCCCCUCCAAGAUUUAAAGUUACCCCCCUUGAUCCUUCUUCUAGUUUCAUCCCCCCCCCCCUUCCUCUCCGUAUUGUAGUUUGUAAGCCUGGUUCUAUGUUUGUUUUAACCUUUUAAUAUAUUAUAUAGUCCGUUGUAGACUUAAACAAGAUAAUUUAAUUAUUCUCAAACCAGGUUUCCAGUUUUCAGCAAACUCUAUGAGACAGUACGGUGAAAAGGAGGGGGGGGGGGGGGAUGUUUUGUAGGGUUUUCGCUAAAAAUGGCUCAUUGUGCAGUUUUUGAAAAAAAAUUGUAAGUUUGGGUUACCAUGUAUUCAGUGAACAUAUUUUUUACCCUGUAAGUUUAAUAGUGUACAUAUUGUUAAUAUUCGGAAUAUGUAUUUGUUCUUAUUGCAACGAAUAAAUAAAUUUGUAGUUUU